AUGCUACAAGAUCUUGUACAUCAAUACAAUAAUACCAAGCACAGGACUAUCAGAUUGAAGCCUAGCCAAGUGAACAGAAACAAUGCUAAAAAAUUAUUACAAACAGCCUUCAGUCACAUCAAUAUUAUCGAUUCUAAACAUCCCAAGUUUAAACUGCACGAUUACGUAAGAAUUAGCAAAUACAGGGAAGCUUUCAGGAAAGGAUAUGUCCCGAGUUGGAAUCAAAAUGGACAAGAAAUUCAAGGAGCCUUUUACACCGAGGAACUGCAGAAUGCCAAGUACAAGGACAUUUAUUUGGUGGAGAAGAUACUGAGAAAGAAGGCAAAUAUGGUUUUAGUAAAGUGGUUGGGUCUCGACAGCUCACGAAAUAGUUGGGCAUCAAAAUUAGAUCUCACCGACACUAGUUACCUGAAAGGUGAUAACUACGCACCUCCUACGGCCUUCUAG